GCCCGUGGUGUGAUAUACUUGUCUGUCUUCAAGCAUUGCAAGAUAGGCCUGAGUCGCAAGUAUGGCUGUUGGAAAGAACAAGCGAUUGUCGAAGGGCAAGAAGGGUGUGAAGAAGAGGACUGUUGAUCCCUUCACAAGAAAGGACGAAUAUGCUGUGAAGGCACCAUCGACUUUCCAGACCCGGGAUGUUGGAAAAACUCUGGUCAACCGGACUAGUGGUCUGAAGAAUGCGAACGACUCUCUGAAGGGCCGGAUCUUCGAGGUCUCCCUCGCUGACUUGCAGAACGACGAAGACCACGCAUUCCGCAAAGUCAAGCUCCGCGUGGACGAGAUCCAAGGGAAAAACUGCCUGACCAACUUCCACGGCUUGGACUUCACAACUGACAAGUUGCGAUCCCUUGUGCGCAAGUGGCAGUCGCUCAUCGAGGCCAACGUUACUGUCAAGACGACCGAUGACUACCUUCUGCGUCUGUUUGCCAUCGCUUUCACGAAGAGACGUCCGAACCAGAUUAAGAAGACCACAUACGCCCGCUCUUCUCAGAUCCGUGCUAUCCGCAAGAAGAUGACUGAGAUCAUGCAGCGCGAAGCUGCCAGCUGCACCCUCUCGCAGCUUACCACAAAGCUUAUCCCCGAGGUCAUUGGCCGUGAAAUUGAAAAGGCUACCCAGGGAAUUUACCCCCUGCAGAAUGUUCACAUCCGCAAGGUCAAGCUUCUCAAGUCUCCUAAGUUUGACCUCGGUGCUCUGCUGAACUUGCACGGAGAGUCUACGACUGAUGACAAGGGUCAAAAGGUUGAGAGAGAAUUCAAGGAGCAGGUCCUUGAGAGUGCCUUAUAA